GUAUUAUAAUUUUGGUAUUAAUGAGCUCAUAGAAUAGAACAGUGAAAUAGAUUGGUUAAUAUCAAUACAAUGAAAGACAUUGUUUGGGUGAAGGAGCUUAUGGUAAAGUUUAUUAGGGAAUGGACAUAAAAACUAAUGAAAUAGUUGGAAUUAAGAAAAUGGAUUUAGUUUUAUUUGAGAGAGAUACUUAUCUAAGAAAUUAGAUUGUUAGUGAGAUAGAAAUUUUAAAAAAAUUUAAUCAUCCAAAUAUCGUUAGAUUUAUCGAUUUGAUUACAACUCAAAGAUCACUUUAUAUAAUUACUGAAUUUUGCAAAGAUGGAGAUUUAAAGGAGUUUCUUUAAAAAAGAAGAUUGAGUGAAAAAGAAGUAAAAUAACCCAUAUAUAUUUUGAUAGGCUUAAGGUAUCAUGUUGUAAAUAAUAAAUGGAUUUAAAGAAUUAGUAAAAUAAGGAGUAAUUCAUAGAGAUCUUAAACCAGCAAAUAUUUUGAAUCAUGAAGGAAUUGUUAAAAUAGCAGGUAAUUGAAAAAUUAGAAUUUAGAUUUUGGAUUUGCAAAGUAUGUUGAUAAUUAUACAUCAUAAUUGUUAAGAUCGUGUGUUGGUUCACCAUUGUAUAUGGCACCAUAAAUAUUAUAAAGAAAAAGUUAUUCAACAAAAUGUGAUAUUUGGUCGAUUGGUGUAAUAUUUUAUGAAAUGGUAUUUCAUGAUGUUCCAUGGAAAGGAAGAGAUGAAUAAGACUUGCUUAAAAACAUUUUAAUUAAACCUUUAGUAUUUAAAGGAAAUUAAGCUAUUAAUGAUUUUACAAGAGAUUUUUUAACUAAAGCUUUAAUUGUGGAUGAAUCUGAAAGAAUUUCUUGGGAUUAAGUUUUUCAGAUGUUUGAAAGUAUGGAAAAAGGGUUAGUUUCAAACAAUCCAACUUUGUAAAAACUUUAUAAUGAUUAAAAUUUAAGUUGGAUGCAAAAAUAAUAAUAAAAAAUGACAGGCGAUUAAUUGGUUAAGUAAUUGUAAUUUUUACAAUAAAUGAAAUAAAAUAUAGCAUUUCGACAUUUUGUUAAUUUAGAAUUAUAUUAAAAAUUAGAUUAAUUAAAAUUGUUAUUUAGAAGAGAUUAAUCUUUAGAAGAAUGCAUUGUUAUUUUAUCAAGAUUAGUUUUAGCAUAUAGCAAUUUAUUAGUUUAAUUAGUAGAAGAAACUUGUGAUUCAGGAGAAGAUAUAUUAAUGAAGGGUACUAAAUGGAAUAUAUUAAACUUUAUUAAAAAUGAAUAAGAAUAUUAUAAAAUAUUCUUCUCAAAUUGCAAAGAAUAGUUUUUUAAAGAAAUUUAAUAUGAAGUUGAAUUAUCUGAUUCUGAUAGAAAUAAAUUAGAAGAUAAUUUUACUUCUAAAAUCAUUAAAUUAAUUGGUGAUAUAUUAGAUGAUCUUAAGAAAAAGUCAUCUGAAGGAAUAUUGUAUUUAAAUUUUAUUUAUUCUUUAGUUAAGAUAGUUUGAUUGCUUUAGAAUUAUUGUUGGAUUAAUAAAUAACUCAUAAAAAUAUUGUUAAAACUACAGAUUUGGAUUUUCAAAUGCUUUUGGUAGAAAAAUAACAAAGAGAUGAUUGGAGAAAAAUAUUAGAUCGCAUUACAGUUAAAUGGCGAUAAUUAUAGAAAUUGUGAU